UAAUCUAAUCUGUGAUGAAAUUUUGGUGACGCUAGCUGGUCAACUCUUGGUAUCUAUUACGUAUUUUCAAAAUUUUCGAAAAUUAAGUUAUAAAUAUUUAUUAAAUCGUUACGCUUUUGUAAAAGAAUUUCAUACCGUGUCAUUAACUUGUUAAAUUACAAACUAUAAGAUGUCACGCUACCGCGAAUGGGAUUUAUCCUGCAAAGUGUACGUGGGUAAUCUUGGCACAAAUGCAUCAAAGUACGAAAUUGAAAAAAUAUUUUCUAAAUAUGGUAAUAUAAGGAAUGUGUGGGUGGCGAGAAAUCCACCAGGGUUUGCAUUUGUUGAAUUUGAGGAUCCUCGAGAUGCAGAAGAUUCAGUUCGUGGGCUAGAUGGAACACGCUGCUGCGGAACUCGCAUUCGUGUUGAGAUGUCCAAUGGGCGCACAAGAAGGGACCGCAGGUCCCGUAGUCGCAGCCCAAGGCGGCGCUCGUACUCGCGCGGUCGUUCCUUGUCACCGCGGCGCUCCCCCUCCGUGCGUCGCCGCUCGCCUUCGCCCCGCAGAUCCAGGUCACGCGACCGACGCAGCAGAUCCGACAGCAAAACCAGAUAUUGAAAAUGUUGUAUGGGACGCUGAUCCGUUUUGGAUGCAAGGAACUUGAGUAAACUUUGAUUAUAAAUAUGUUUUGAUAUAUAGUGGUGUGUUUGUGACAUUUAGUUUGGAUCAUCCAUAGUAAUAUUAUUAACUUCAUUCGCUUUUGUUUGUUCAGGACAAUGUUUCAAUCACAAUUUACAUAGUUUGUAAUAUAAUGCAAUAUUUCAACACAUUUUUGAAACUAUAGUUAAGAUAGUGUAUUUGACAGCUUAAAAUUAAAUUGAAUUCCAUCUUUAGGGGAAUUUUUAUCAGCACCCAAGAUUGUUAAAGUAGUCUUAACUAUCUAGCAUUUUUACGUAAUAAUCAGGAAGAUUAAUUUUAGAUUAAUGUUGGAAUAUAGAAUCUAUUUUCCGAUUUAUGACAACUUUAAUUGUAAAUAAAAUUAUGCAUUAAAAAGUUGUUAGUUCAUAAUAGCCGUCAGACUUUGUAAGAAUGAGUGUGUAUGAGUUUUGUCUUAUUGCAAUAUAUAUUGUUAAAUUAAGGUACUUUUAAGAAUUAAAUACGUUAAUAAAUUA